AAGAUUUUUUACAUUUCAAAAUAUAACAUUUUUCGGUCAAAAAUGACCGAAGAGGGCCAUAGGGUUAAUGUGGAAAACGGUGUGUAAAACAAUUAUUUUAUUUUUUCUUAAUCUUUGUUUAUAAAAAAAAAAAAAAAAAACAUGAGCGGGAAAGUCGGACAGAGAAGCGUAUGUAGGAGGCGACGGGAAGCGUUCAAAUUUAGAAGCCUGUGAUUGGCUGAUGUGUCUGCUAGCCAGCCGAUUUCUAACCAAUGAAAUAUGUUUAUUUAUUGAAAUGAAAUGAAUAUGUUUAUUUCAUUCAUUGAAAUAGAACUCAAUCAGAAUAGCAGCCAGCCCUCUUAAAUUAGCAUGAGAUCUCAAUAAAUAUCCAGUACAUGCUCCUUCUAAACUGUAUCGUGUUGUUCCGCUUAUUGUGAGAUAACAUGCCUGAACCAGCGAAGUCUGCUCCUAAGAAGGGCUCCAAGAAGGCCGUCACUAAGACCGCCGGUAAAGGAGGAAAGAAGCGCAGAAAGACCAGGAAGGAGAGCUACGCUAUCUACGUGUACAAAGUGCUGAAGCAGGUUCAUCCUGACACCGGGAUCUCUUCUAAGGCGAUGGGGAUCAUGAACUCUUUCGUCAACGACAUCUUCGAGCGCAUCGCCGGUGAAUCGUCUCGUCUCGCUCACUACAACAAGCGCUCCACCAUCACAUCGAGAGAGAUCCAGACCGCCGUGCGUCUGCUGCUGCCCGGAGAGCUGGCCAAACACGCCGUGUCUGAGGGCACCAAGGCCGUCACCAAGUACACCAGCUCCAAGUAGAGCUCCGCUCCAGUCCCCGAGACUCAAAGGCUCUUUUAAGAGCCACCUAUCUUAUCACUGAAAGAGCUCUUGGUGUUU